AUGUUCCUACACUGUGUACAAGAAAGCAAAAAUAGGAUACCGCAACACACGUGCUCUCUCAUGCACUCUCUCACGCUCCCUCACGCGCUCCCUCGCGCACUCUCAGGCACACUCUUACGCACUCCCUCUCUCGCUCUCUCUCGCGCACUCUCACCACAUUCUCUCUCUCUCUCUCUCUCUCUCUCUCUCUCUCUCUCUCUCUCUCUCUCUCUCCCUCUCGCACUCUCACCACAUUCUCUCUCUCGCAAACUAUCACACGCAUUCUCUCUCUCACGCUCUCACGCACACUCACAUGCACUCCCUCACGCGCUCUCUCAUGCUCACUCUCACGCGCACUUUCACGCACUCUCUCCUGUGCUCUCUCACGCGCUCUCUCACGCGCUCUUAUGCGCCCUCUUGCACUCUCUCACGCACUCUCUCGCGCGCUCUCUCAAGGCACACUCUCAGGCACACUCUCACGCACUCUCUCUCUCUCGCACUCUCUCUCGUGCAUUCUCACCACGUUCUCUCUCUCACGCGCACUCUCACGCGCUCUCUCACGCGCUCUCUCACGCGCUCUAUCAAGGCGCACUCUUAGGGGCACUCUCAGGCGCUCUCUUUCGCGCUCUUUUUCCCGCACGCUCAUGUGCAUUCUCUCUCUUACGUCCUUCUCUCGUGCACUCUCACGCACAUUCUCUCUCUCAAGCGCUCUCUCACAUGCGUUCUCUCUCUUACGCACACUCUCACGCACUCCCUCUCGCGCUCUCUCUCGCGCACUCUCACCACAUUCUCUCUCUCGCGGACUAUCACACGCAUUCUCUCUCUCGCGCUCUCACACGCACUCACAUGCGCUCCCUCACGCGCUCUCUCAUGCUCACUCUCACGCGCACUUUCACGCACACUCUCAUGUGCUCUCUCACGCGCUCUCAUGCGCCCUCUCGUGCUCUCUCACGCACUCUCUCAAGCGCUCUCUCAAGGCGCACUCUCAGGCACACUCUCACGCUCUCUCUCUCUCUCUCUCUCUCUCUCUCUCUCUCUCUCUCUCUCUCUCUCUCUCUCUCUCUCUCUCUCUCUCUCGUUCUCUCUCUCGCAUUCUCACCGCGUUCUCUCUCUCUCACGCGCUCUCUCACGCGCUCUCUCACGCGCUCUCUCACGCGCUCUCUCACGCGCUCUCACGCGCUCUCUCACGCGCUCUCUCACGCGCUCUCUCACGCACUCUCUCAUGUGCUCUCUCACGCGCUCUCACGCACGCGCUCUCUUGCGCUCGCUCACGCGUUCUCUAACGCGCUCUCUCACGCGCUCUCUCACGCGCACCCUCACGCGCUCUGUCAUGCGCUCCCUCACGCGCUCUCUCACGCGCUCUCUCACGCGCUCUCUUACGCGCUCUCUCACACGCUCUCAUAUGCGCACACGCUCUCCCUUGCGCUCCAUCUCUUUCUUCUUCAAAUGAAAAGGGAAGGAGAGGCGACGGCGAGGAGUAGGGAGAGGCGACCGCGGGGAGGAGCGAGAGGCGACGGCGGGGAGGAGGGAGAGGCGACCGGGGGGAGGAGGGAAAGGCGACGGCGGGGAGGAAGAGAGGCGACGGCCGGGAAGGAGGAGAUGCGACGGCGGGGAGGAGGAGAGGCGACGGCGGGGAGGAGGAGAGGCGACGGCGGGGAGGAGGGAGGCGACGGCGGGGAGGAGGGAGAGGCGACGGCGGAGGGAGAUGCGCCGGUGGGGAGGAGGAUAGGCGACGGCGGGGAGAAGGGAGGCGACGGCGAGGAGGAGGGAGGCGACGGCCGGGAGGUAAGGGAGAGGAGAUGGCGGGGUGGAUGGGACGGAGUGAUUGUGAGGUGGGUUGGAGAGGUGUUAGCGGGUAGUGAGGGAGAGGAUACGGCUGGAUGGAGCGAGAGCGACGGCUAG